AUGGAGCUUCUAGUUAUCAAUCUUGAUUUGAGUUCACGAAAACUCGUUGGCACCAUACCGUCUUCCAUUGGCAAUCUCAGCUUCCUAACAGGUAUACAUCUUGAAAACAAUACCUUCCAUGGUGAAAUUCCUCAAGCAAUAGGUCUCUUGCUGCAGCUUGAACAUCUCAAUCUCAGUUCAAAUUCUUUUAGUGGAAAAAUUCCGACAAAUUUAACUUACUGUAAGGAGCUUAGAGUACUUGAUUUACGAGCUAAUGAUCUUGUUGGAAAGAUUGUGGAUCAACUUAGUUCAUUGUCAAAGUUGAACUUCUUAAGACUUAAGAGCAACUCUUUCACAGGAGGCAUCCCGUAUUGGAUAGGAAACUUUUCGUUUUUAAAGUACCUUGACAUUUCGAGUAAUAGUUUACAAGGACCAAUACCUCAGGAUCUUGGCCGUUUAAUGAGUUUGGAAGUAUUUAAAGUGUAUGAAAAUGAAUUAUCUGGUACAAUCCCUUCGUCGAUUCUCAAUAUUUCUUCCAUUUACUAUUUCUCUGUUACUCAAAAUCUGCUGCAUGGACAACUUCCAGCAAAUAUAGGCUUAACUCUUCCAAACCUUGAAGUAUUUGCUGGUGCUGUCAACAGAUUCACCGGAUGUAUUCCUGUUUCAUUGGCGAAUGCUUCUAGGCUUCACGUGAUUGAUUUUUCCCAAAAUGCACUUACCGGGGAUGUGCCAUAUAGUAUAGGAAAACUGAAAAGUUUGGUUAGGCUCAACUUUGAGGUGAACAGACUAGGAGGGAGGGGAAGUUCUGAAGGUUUGAAAUUUCUUGAUUUCCUAACAAAUUGUACAAAUAUGAUAGUACUAAGUUUUGCAGCCAAUUACUUUAAUGGAGAAUUGACUUACUCGAUCGCUAAUCUUUCAACUGUACUUGAGAUACUUACUCUAGGUGACAAUAGGAUACAUGGUACUCUUCCUGCUGGAGUAGGUAGUCUUACUAAGUUGACACUACUAGGAAUGGAAAAUAACUGUCUCAACGGCAGUGUUCCUGAGAUGAUAGGUAGACUUAACGGUCUGGAAGGUCUUUAUUUGAGUGGAAAUGCGUUUUCAGGGACGAUACCACUCUCUAUUGGUAACUUGACAAAGUUAAUCAGUAAUCAUCUUGUUGGGUCCAUACCUGAAGAGGUUGCAGGACUAUCUUCCCUUUCGAUCUCUUUAUCGUUGGCAAGUAAUUCAUUCACUGGACCUUUGCCAAAAGAACUUGGUCAGUUGAUAAAUCUCAAGGAAUUGGAUGUGUCACAGAACAAAUUAUCAGGUGAGAUCCCAAGUACUCUAAGCAAUUGUCUCGGCUUAGAGCGAAUAAAUAUCAGUAGUAAUCUCUUUCAAGGAACUAUUCCUCAAUCUUUAACAGAUUUAAGAAGUUUAGGUGAGAUGGAUUUCUCAAGGAACAACUUGUCAGGGGAAAUACCAGAGGUUCUUGGGAAACUUCCAUAUCUCCGGAAACUUGACCUUUCAUUCAAUGAACUUGAAGGUAAGGUUCCAAAUGAAGGGAUCUUUGCAAAUACAAGCGCAUUUUCAAUCAACGGAAACAAUAGACUUUGUGGUGGUGUACCCAACUUACAUUUGCCUGAAUGCUCUAAAGCUACCAAGCAUCUUGAUUCAAGAGUACUGCUAGCUGUUAUAGUUACUCUUGCAUUAUCAGUUUUGGUGCUAUGUUCCUGUGCUGCUUAUUACAAACUCAGCAACUCAAGAAAGGCACAACCUUGGAAUGCUGAGCAACUGUUUGAGAUACCAAGAACUACAUAUCGAGCAAUACAUAGAGCGACAAAUGGAUUCUCUGAUGCAAACUUGGUUGGUAGAGGAAGUUUUGGUUCAGUAUACAAAGCACAUUUCGAUGUUGACAAUACAAUAAUGGCAGUGAAAGUGUUGAACCUACAACAAAGAGGGGCCUUGAAGAGCUUCUUGGAUGAAUGCAGAGCUUUGAGAAAUAUAAGGCAUCGUAAUCUUCUCAAAAUCAAGACUGCUUGUUCAAGCAUUGAUCACCAAGGUAAUGACUUCAAAUGCCUAGUUUUUGAGUUCAUGACUAACGGAAACCUACACGAUUGGUUGCAUCCAGAAAAUGAUGACCAGCAACACCAAACAAAGAAGCUGACCUUCAUCCAAAGGCUAAACAUUGCCAUAGAUGUUGCUUCUGCACUCGACUAUCUCCACAACCACUGUCAAACACCGAUAGUCCAUUGUGAUCUAAAACCAAGCAACAUACUCCUCGAUGAAGAUAUGUCUGCCCAUGUUGGUGACUUUGGAUUAGCAACAUUUCUCCUUGACACAUCAAGCAAUUCUUGGAGUCAUCAGAUUUCUGCAGCACUAAAGGGUUCUAUAGGUUACAUCCCAACAGAGUACGGAUCAGGCAGCCAACCAUCCACACUUGGAGAUGUUUACAGCUUUGGAAUAGUGUUGCUAGAGUUGUUCAUCUGUAAAAGGCCAACUGAUGCAAUUUUCAACGAGAGUCUAAACAUUCACAAGUAUGUUUCAACAGCUUUGCCUGAACAUGUCAUGGAGAUAGUAGAUCCCUUAUUGCUCUUGGCAGAGGAAGAGCAAAACAUCAAUCAAGAUCAAGCAAGAAGAGUGGAAGAAUGUUUACACUCGGUUUUGGAAAUCGGGCUUACAUGCUCUGCAUCAUCAUCAAGAGAUAGAGCACCAAUAGACACUAUUUUGAGCAAACUUCAAGCAAUCCGGGAAUCCUUCCUUACAAGUAGAUGA